AUGGGCCCGGGCCGGAGGCAGGGCCUAUAUAAAGGGGCUGUGGUGCCCUGCUGCCCCAGCCGGGCUGCUAGCGCAGGAGAGCCGAGGGCCGCUCCUCCCGCGGCCAUGGACACCUCCUACCCCCGCGAGGACUACCUGCCCGUGACGUCCCACAAGCGGGACCCUUCUCCCACCGUCAUCGCCGUCGGCUCCUCCGUGGCGCCCCGCGACCACCUGAUCUGGUCCGUCUUCAACACCAUCUACAUGAACUUCUGCUGCCUCGGCUUCGUGGCUCUCGCCUUCUCUGUCAAGGCACGGGACCAGAAAGUGGCCGGAGACGUGGAAGCCGCUCGGCACUUCAGCUCCAAGGCCAGAUGCUACAACAUCCUGGCCACGGUGGGGAGCCUGCUGCUGCCGCUCCUGCUCACCGCCCUCAUCAUCACGGGCGUCAUCCACCUCUCCAAGCUCGCCCAGGAGUCCAUAGACUUCUUCAGCUACCAGCUCAGCAUGAGCGACGACGACGACAAGUGACCGGCGGGCGAAGGGUUGGCAGAAACUCCUCUGCAUCGCUUGUGGCCUCCCGAAUAGGCUGCCGGUCCAGCAUAACCGGC